AUGUGGCAUGCAAACUCAGAAUCUUCUCAGUGUAACUCAGCUGAACUCACAUCUCCCAUCAACAUGUCCUACAACUGCUGCUCUGGAAACUUCUCCUCCCGCUCCUGUGGUGGCUACCUGCACUACCCAGCCUCCUCCUGUGGCUUUUCCUACCCCAGCAACCAGGUCUACAGCACUGACCUCUGCUCUCCCAGCACCUGCCAGCUGGGUUCCUCUCUCUAUAGGGGCUGUCAGCAGACCUGCUGGGAGCCCACCAGCUGCCAGACGUCCUAUGUGGAGUCCAGCCCCUGCCAGACCUCCUGCUACCGUCCCAGAACCUCCUUGCUCUGCAGUCCCUGCCAGACAACUUACUCUGGGUCUCUAGGCUUUGGAUCCAGCAGCUGCUGCUCCCUGGGCUAUGGAUCGAGGAGCUGCUACUCAGUGGGCUGUGGGUCCAGUGGCUUCAGAUCCCUGGGUUAUGGAGGCUGUGGCUUCCCUUCCCUGGGCUAUGGCGUUGGAUUCUGCCACCCAACCUACUUGGCUUCUAGGAGCUGCCAGUCUUCUUGCUACAGACCAACUUGUGGAUCAGGCUUCUACUAUUGAUCAUCUUGUUAAAUUGCUAAUUUUGUUGGCUAAUGCCUUCAAUGCCUCUACUCGUAACCUUUAUUGUCUUCAUCAUGUACAGAAAGAAUUAGCCUCUUAUUCUAUAAUUAUCAAGUUCUCAGUUUGUCUUUGGCCCCAAAUACUGGCUGGCAGGCUUCAUCUGAAAAACUGUAAUUGGAGAACUAGCUCAAAAUAAAUCUUGAAAUACACAUUAAAA